GUGGCUUUGGGGGGCGAGGAGGCAGGCAGAUUCCGCCUCCAGGUAGCCGCGCGGAGCCCGGGGACCUCCGGCUGCAUCUGAGUGCGCGGAGCGGAGGGCCAGGCUUGGCUUUCGCCCCCCGAGGGGGAUCAACGCCGGUGGGAGGUCGAGGACGCGGGGGAGGGCCCUCCAACUUCAGCCCUGCCUCUCCUGGCCGGCCGGGCGCACCUUUUCCGCCUCCUCCUCCUCCUCCUCCUCCCGACGGUUGCCUGCAGCCCUGCCUGCCUCGGUGCCUUCUCUUCCGACACCGUUCCCACAUUUCCUCCUAACUCCGCGGGGAAAGGAGAUUUAAUUCUUGAAGAACAUGGAAUUGGCCAAUGAGAGACUAAGAAAGGAGCUGGAGGAGGAGUUGAAACUUGGUACUGAACAGUUGUGCAGCCACGCGUGGUACCAUGGUUCCCUGCCACGGAAGGAGGCGGAAUCCAUGCUGCAGAACGAUGGGGAGUUCUUGAUCCGCGAUUCACGCUCUAGCCUGAGUGAUUACGUCUUGUCAUGCCACUGGGGAGGACAGGCCCUGCACUUCAAGAUUAUCCGCGUGGUGCUCCGCCCGCGAAAGGGCUAUUCUCGCACCCUUUUCCAAUUUGAAGAGGAGCAGUUUGACAACGUACCUGCCCUGGUACGCUUUUAUGUGGGCAACCGGAAGGUCAUCUCGGAUAUUUCGGGAGCUGUGGUGUCUCGACCAGUCAACAGGAGUGUACCACUUCGCUGUCUGAAGGAGCGUUUCAGUGACACUGGCCAGCCUCCUGGCUCACCGAAGGAGGAAGAAGCACCUCUUCGGCGGUUCAGCUUUCGUUCUGCCACUGCUGGAGAACAAAUACGAGACGGAAACUUGCUCCGAACAAAAGAUCGAAGUGGGAGUGACCCAAGUAGCCUAGAUCAGCUGGGCCAGAGACCUUCAUUACAUGGUGCCCAAUCAGACAGCAAUCUAUUGACUGGAAGCCCAGAAACAUCACCUGGGGACCAGGACCGAACUCAACCCGCUCCUUUGUCUCCUGCCUUUCGCACAGGCAGUGACCCUGUCCUACGCCCAAGUGCCUCGGCAUCUCAUCUGCUGGAAGGUUUUGGACUGAGCGGUUCAGAAGGGCGUCUUCAUUCCAAGGCUCCCCCAAAGCCUCUGAGGGUCCCUUCCAUGCUGAUGAGUGACUACUGUGAGCUGGUUCCGAAGGUCCCCCAGGAGCCCCGAAGCCACGUGGAGCGCCUGCAGACUGAAGAGAGAUGGCGUGGCCGGGCUCACAUUACAGAGACUGCCUUCGGGUUCCUGGACUCCGUUGAGGCUCCUUUCCCUUCUCCCCAGUCGGAGGAGACAGGCGUGGAACCAGGGUUUGAGCGCCCACUGCUAGAGACCCCUUCCUCCUUCCAGCCUCAGGACUUUAACUCAUUGCUUUUGGCCCCUAACAACAAGCCCUUGGACCCCGGCACACUCAAGCACCUCAAGGACAUUUUUGCUACUCAUGAUUGCCACACAACAGCCCUUCAUAUUUUAAAGACGGAUUGCCAGGCGUUGAGGAUCCUUGGAGUAUCUAAAGAGCAGCAGAAGGCCAUGGGGGUGAGCUCGGGCCUGGAGCUUAUAACCCUUCCUCAAGGGCAUCAGUUUCGAAAGGACUUGCUGGAAAGGCACCAUCUCAUAGCUCUGGGCAUUGCUGUGGACAUCCUGGGCUGUACAGGGUCAGUGGCUGAACGGGCUGCCACCCUCCACAAGGUCAUCCAGCUAGCCGUGGAGCUGUGGAGACCAGUUGGAGACCUCUUUGCCCUCUCUGCAGUGAUGAAAGCUCUUCAGCUGCCACAGAUCGCCCGGCUGGAGCAAACAUGGAGGCAUCUGCGCCAGAGCCACACCGCCAGCGCCAUCGUGUAUGAGAAGGAGCUCAAGCCUCUCUUGGGGAAUCUGAACAGGGCUGAAGGGAAUUCUGCCUUCUCCCCAAAGGAGGUUGCAGUUCCUCAUAUCCUGCCACUUCUCAGCCUCAUGGAAGGAGAGCAACUGUGGGAUGACAACGAGGAGACGUGUGAGGUCCUCCUGCGGACGCUGGAAGCAGCUCGCUUUGUUGCCACCAACACUGGCGCUUAUGGCAUCAGGGCCGAGGCCAGACUUCAAGGAUUCCAGAGCACUCCAGAACUCCUGGAAGUAUUUCAGACGGAGUUCUCCCUUCGGUUAUUCUGGGGCUGUAAAGGAGCGCAGGCGGAACGGCGUGAACGACACAAGAAAUUUGAACGGAUCUUGACUGUGCUUUCUCAGAAACUAGAGUGAACUCAUGGGAGAAGUAUUCCUCCCUUCCCCCUCUGCCAGGCCAGCUGGAAUGCAAGGCAACGGGUGGCAGAGAUGAUUAGUAAGAGGAGGAUCACUCAGUGCCAGAAUGAGAUGUUGACCGGCAUGAAACUUGAAGGCCUUCCAAGGAAUGAAUGAGCAGGAGGAACUCCUCCGUGGUAGACAUUCCUUCUAGAUCAACAGGGCCAGGGCUGUGGGAAGAAGAAAUCUGGAAGCAUUUUUAACCUAUGCAAAGGAACCAGCCUGCAAUAAAGAAAGUAGAGGAUUGUUUUUAA